AUGGUCGGCGCCACGAUCACAGAUCCGCCGUUCGUCCAUCACGAAAGUGAGAAUUCGUAUGUAAAAAUUAACCGAAAAACCUCAAUAAAUUUUCAGACGGCGCCAUUUUCGCUAUAGAUUGUCAUCCGAGCGGCGACAAAUUCAUCACUUGCGGACAGAAAUCAGUGAGUAUUUCAAUUGAACGAGAUUUUCGAAACGCGUCAGGUUCAAUAUCGACUUUUACUUUCAGAACAGCAGAAAUGGACUGGUUGUUGUGUGGAAUAUGGCUCCAGUUCUGGACGGCGGCAAAUGCUCGAGCGGAAAUGUGCCGAAGAUGUUGUUUCAUGUCCAAUCUCAGUGUAAGUAUCAUCUGCUUGAAUUUCUAGCCCAUUGUCUGUCUUUCAGCGUCCGCAAAUUCGUGUCGAUGGGCGCCAGACGGACGAAGAUUCGCAUUCGGGUCGGAUGAUUCUUCGGUGUCUGUCUGGGAGUACGGUGAGCGUCCGAAGUGUCCAUUUCUUUAAUAAUAUCUGGAAUAUUGUUUUAGUCGGUCGAAUUAACUCGGCAGGAAGUGUGACAGGAGGUGCUGGAAACGUGGAGAGGUACAAAGAAUGUUGCGUUCUGAGAGGACACAAUAUGGAAGUGCUGGCAGUCGAAUGGUCUCAGAAUGGAAAGUACUUGGCGAGCAGUUCGAUGGACCACAAGAUCCUCAUCUACAAUGCUCGGAAACUGCCCGAUCGUAUUGCAGUUCUCUCUUCUAGCGAAUCGGCGGUCAAGGGAAUGGCUUGGGAUCCGAUUGGCAAGUAUUUGGCCAGUUUGGAAGGAGACAAGAAGCUCAAGUUGUGGGCGACGGACAGUUGGCAGUGUGUGACGACGAUCGACGAACCAUUCGAAGACGUAAGUGGUUCUGGAACAUGAACUCGAAAGAGCAGGCAUUUUCAGAGUAAGGAAGAGACGAUGUUCUCCCGAUUGGACUGGUCCCCGGACGGAAAAUACCUUCUCACGCCCGCAGCCGUUAAGAACGGACAACCGCUGAUCAAGCUGAUUCAAAGACAGACGUGGAGAGCGGACCAUCAUUUGGCAGGACAUCGGAAGGGGACCACGUGUGUUCGCAGUCUGUCGCACAUGGUGAAUUUUGAAUUGAAGAAUGGAAAACGUCAUCAAGUGACGUUCGCCGCCGUCGGUUCCAGAGACAAAUCAGUCAGCAUUUGGACGUUUCCAGGAGUAUAUCGAUGAAAUAAUGUACUCAAAUCAUCAAGGAUUUCAUUUUCAGACAGUGAAACCGAUAAUGGUGAUCGACAAUCUGUUCCACCACUCCGUAAUGGACUUUGCCUGGUGCGGAACGAACCUUUUGGUGUGUUCGCAGGACGGAUCCAUCCGAGUGAUCACUAUCGACGAGCAGCUACUCGGGGAAGUUCUCAGUGACGCAGAAAUGGUACCUAAAACACUCGUCCAUCCUUUUUACUCCGUUUCCUGCUCAGAGUGACUUGUGCUAUCAAACCUACUCAAUCCGCCCGCCUCAAUACGAAUCACGCUGCUCCGAUGAUAAUAAUGAGGAAACGAGUAUUCUGGCUGCUGAAAGCAGCUCCGGAUCCGCCAACAACACCUCCUUCUUGACGUGCCCCGAAGAAAUUCUCAACAAGAGAAAGGUACUGUACAGACUGUCUACGUCUCUUCGAAUUCCCGCUCUUUCUUCCGAACAAAGUGUGAGACAUACAAAUGACGGAUGGCGGAUCAUCUUUUCUUCUUGGGAAUGUCUGCGUUUCUCGCUCUCUCUCUCUCUCUCUCUCUGUCUUCAAUUCGUAUCUCUUUUUUCGGCGACUUUUCAAAUUUCUUACUUGAAAGUCAGAAUACAGAGCUUUUGAUAAGUCGAAUUCUGAAUUCAUACCCAUCUUAUUUUUAUUUUUAGAUGCGAUUUGUGUACUUUUUGUGCUCAGACGUACGAAAUUUGAAAACAAACACUAAAAUGAUGUUUAAUCUCUGAUCGUGCUAUUGAUUUUUUUAUUGUUUCAAUUGUUUACUGACAUUUCUUUCAGAAAAUGGAAGAAUUACAAACAGUCGCUCGAAAAUCUCUUGCGCCCGCCGAGCCGAUGGAAGAAGACAGACCGAAGGAGAACAGAGAAGCGAAAGCGAAAGAGCAGAAAAUGAUCGAGGAGCGGAGCAAGCAGACAGAAGAGCGGAAAGACGGAAAGCGACGCAUUCAGCCAAUCUUUCUGGCCUCAACCGCAUUGGGAGCAGAUUCGGCGCCCGUUGAGACGGCGACAUUAACAAAAAAGAGUUCAAUGCCCGCAUCUGCUCCUCCACCGAAAAAGCGAAUUGCUCUGGCGCUCGAUGAGGUUGAUUUGGAGACGUCUAGCGAUUCAGAAGAAGACGAGGACGAAGAGGAAGAGGAAGAAGAAUCUGGAGUUGAGGAGGACCAGAGAAAGAGAAAAGUGCUGACGACGAGUCGACCGAUGCUCGCGAUGGAAUUGAAGAAGCCGCUGAUGAGAGCGAUGGAGCCGAAGAGCUUACAAACGACGGAAGGAACAGUGCUCAUGGAGGCUCCGGAGCAACAGCCAGCCAUCAACCACAACUUUCAAGACAGGAAAGGAAUGGUGGUGAAAGUGGACAACCGAUGGAAACACGGAGGCGUCGAGACGAGCCAGGUGAAGCUGGUAAAAAAGAAACACGCUGAAGAGCUGGACGGAGAAGACGACGACGGGGGAAGAAAGACGAUCCAGGAAACGGUGUGGAUGGUCAUCGUCGGCGCUCCGAUCAUCAUUGUGUCUGCUAACAAGUGAGUUUUUUACAUUGAAGCUGUCUGAAAACGUCCCUCAUUUUCAGACAUUUUGUGCUUCUUGGCUGCGGAGAUAAGUGUGUUCGUGUGUACCGCACGUUCUGUGGAUCCUUACUAGUAUCCCUUCGCCUCGAUUCUCUCCCAGUUCUGAUCGGAGUAAAAGAGCAUGCUGCGUACGUACUCACAGAAAACGGACGUCUUUCGACGUGGAAUCUGAAGACUCUGAAGUCCGUAAUGAGUCGAGUGCCGUUGUUCGAUUGCGUGGAGGCGGCGACAGAUAACUCUCUGAUCAGUGUGGAUGUUUCCGAGACGGGCGUUCCUCUGAUCGUCUUCUCGAACGGAUCCGUUUACACAUUCAACGUAAAUCUCUCCUGUUGGAUGCAAGCCAUAUCUACGAAUUUGCUCGGACGGCUGACGACGCCCAUUUCGGAUGCUCAAUUGGAUGUGGACGGAGUGAUUGCCACCGGACCGUUGGCACGUCUUCUGAAGCGAAUGCGGCGACAAACUACGGCUGCCGGAGUGGCUCCGCACGUGUCGCGAGCCGUGAAAGAGUCGCAGUUGGAGCAGUUGGUAAACUGCGCGGAACAGUUGGGUAAUCCCCAGGACUACCAGACGAUGCUUAAUUUGUACGUGGAGACGCUCUGUGAGAGUGGUAAGUUCCAAUAAAGCCACAACAGUUUCGAUAAUCCCAUUUUCAGGCGCCGAAAAGAAAUUGAAAAACAUAAUAAACGAGUUGUCGAAGAGCGGAGCGCCUUUGCAAGUAUGCGGGCUCCGUCGAGCUGCUCUUUACGAUGACGUCACUCGAAUGAUCAAGCUCCGCCAGCCGGCCAUCGCCGAAAGGAUUGUUGCCGGAGCAGCGGCGAACUUGAAGAGCAGGGCUCUUUUCUGA